AUGUUUACCAAGCUGUUUACAGUCGGCCUGGUGGCUAUAUCCUCUCUACACGGCGCUUUUGCCUCUUCUGAACUUCCAGUUCUCAACCUUCCUUAUGGAAGAUGGAGAGCAGCCAGAUAUGACAAGGUUGCGGACGUCUAUACAUUUCGCAACAUCCGUUAUGCAGUUCCCCCCACUGGUCCCUUACGCUGGGCCAAACCAGUGAGGCCUAUGACCCCAGAGUCAGAAAUCCAGGAUGGUUCCUACGGGCCACCCUGCAUCCCUGGGCCGAAUGCGCCUGGAUCCGGAAUCCCGGGGUACGAAGAACAACAAAAGACUUCUCGUGAAGACUGCCUAUUUCUUGACGCCUACGUUCCUGGAAAAGUGUUAAGAGAUCAUGGAAGUGAUAAAUUGCCUGUUAUUGUAUGGAUUUACGGCGGAGGAUAUUCGACUGGAUCCAAAGACCAGAUAAUUGAACAAGGAAUAUAUGAUGGUACUAGCCUUGUACAUCAUGCCGCAGGAAAUGCCAUUGUCAUUACCUUCAAUUACAGAUUGAGCGUAUUUGGCUGGUUGGCUGGAACUACGAUGGAAAACGAGGGAUUACCCAAUGCUGGCCUUCAUGACCAACGUGCCGUUUUGGAAUGGGUUAGAGAUUAUAUCCAUCUCCUGGGCGGGGACCGCGAUAGAGUCAGCGCCUGGGGAGAAUCUGCUGGAGGGGGUUCGAUACUAAGCCAUCUCAUCGCAUAUGGAGGCCAAGCUGACCCUCUCUUCCAACGUGCCGUUGCCCUGAGCCCUGGCUUUGGCUUUCCCAUCGACCGCAAGGGCAUGGUUGAAGAUCAAUUCCAAAACUAUUCCUCAAGAGCGGGCUGUGCUGGGAAAGGCCUAUCUUGUUUGAGGGCAGCUAAUAUUUCUCGUUUAAUCGAGGCCAGCUAUGAUGGGUUAGGCCAGGUCGGCCCAACUCCUGAUGGGAGGGUACUUAUGCACGUAUUCUCUGUGGAGAUGGCUAGAGGAAAGUAUUGGAAACAUCUUGACUCGCUGGUUGUAUCCCAUGUUUACAAUGAAGGUGGUCUAUUUGUCGGCACAGAUAGCACUUUGGACUCCCUAGCUGAUUUUCUACAAUCGUUGUUUCCAUCAUAUGCAACCAAAGCCGUUUCAACCCUCAAGGACCACUAUCAUCUGAAUAAGCCUUCCAACGAAUCUGCAACAACUAUCGGCUCCAAGCUUGUCCGUGACGCCCUAUUCGCUUGCAACAUACGUGAUAUCGUACGGGCAUAUCCGAAGAAGGCUUAUCUCAUGCAGUAUUCUCCCCAAGCAGCUACUCAUGGCGCAGAUGUUGCCGCUCUGUGGUACUCUCCCACGGUAUACAAUGCCAGCAUCCCAUUGUUUAUCGGAUACCAGUCAUACUUGCUUAGCCACGCCAUCACCGGCAACCCAAACACCCUCCGAGACCAGGCUAUUAAUCCACCAACCAUUUCCUGGCCACGAGUUGCCGGCACUGAUACUGAGAAAUUCCAGAAUACAUUGGAUGUGGUGGACACGGGAUAUCAACUCAUCACCGAUGAGCAAGUCUUAAAGAGUUCUUGCGAUGUCUGGAAAAGAGCUCUUCUAGAUGUUACGGAACAAGGAGGCUACCUGUAG